AUGUCCCAAUGUCGAUAUCCCUCAAGAAAAACUACAAAGAAAAAUCUUUCUGACGCACCUAGCCAAUACUUUUGGGGUUCCGUCGUGGCUGGCAAGGGUGCUGGACCGGAACCGAUUCCUCACAGGAGCCUUGAUGUGCAAACACUGGUAGCCGCGAUCCAGUUUUGCUUUACGGACGCUGCAAAAAAUUCCGCACGCAUCAUAGCCGAAGGCAUGCAGAAGGAAAAUGGGGUUGAGGAGGCAAUAAAGUCCUUUUAUCGACACCUCCCCCUGGACGCCAUGACAUGCGAAAUGCUGCCGACUCGGGUAGCAAGGUGGCGUUGCAGAGUUUCAGACAACGUAAACGAUCAGCGACGCGACCUAUCAAUCUCAGAUGCCGCUCUUAGUCGCCUUGUUGCCACAGGAGAGCUCAGCAAGUCUAUGGCUCGGCCCCUGCGGACCAAGGAAUAUCCAAUGGACCCAACGCGAUGGGACCCAUUUACGGCUACAUUGUCAUCCAUGAUGGAUACCUUAGGCGAUUUCUGCAUGUCUCUUGGCGAAGGGGUUGUCGAACCUCCGCGGGCCUUUGCCCAAGCCCGCAAAUUGAAAGGCAAGCGGUCAGGGACACGGGCAUUCAUAUCAGCUGCCGGGAGGGGCCUCAAGAGGUCAGGUGGCGCCCUAAUCAAAGGGACCAUCGUCCAGGUUCCGAUGGCACUGACUCAAGGUUUUCGAAGUUUCCCCCGCGUUGUCGGGGGCCACGUCGACGAGCCACUGCACGUGGUUGACUGGUCGAGCGGACUUCAAGCCGCUGGUAAGAACUUCCGUACAGAGCUGCAGCAAGGGGCUUCUGGCAUCGCGGUGACACCAUGGCGCAGAGCUCGCUCCGAAGGCGGGGAAGGGUUCUUCAAAGCUAUCGCCCGUGGAUCAUUCUGUGCAGUGACGAAAGCCGGCAGCGCAAUAACAGGCCUUUUGGCUUACCCUGUCUAUGGGACUUAUCGCAGCAUCAAAAAGAGGCAUCAAACCAAAGCCGAGGAACUCAUUAGUAAGAGAAAGGACUUGCUGCUUGCAACUAUGACGAAGAAAGGGGGUAGUGGAGAGGAGAGGGACAGCAACAUCAUACGCUAG